AUGAGCACGGUCGCCUUUGACCCGCGCAAUGCGCCUGCCGACAACAAGCCAGUGAUUGGAAUUAUCGGCAUGGGAGAUAUGGGCCGCAUGUACGCACGCAGACUUAACGACGACGGGUUCACCGUGAUCGUGUGCGACCGGCCCGAGGCUUACGACCGCCUCGCAAGCGAGUACCAGGGUAGCGGGAUCACGGCUGUUCCAGACGGGCACGCCGUAUCGCGUGCCGCUGACUUCAUCAUCUACAGUGUCGAGGCUGCGUACAUUGGUGACGUUGUGGCCGAGUACGGACCGAGUACCAAGAUUGGUGCAACGGUAGCAGGACAGACGAGUGUCAAGGCUCCUGAAAAAGCCGCUUUUGACAAGUACCUCCCCGCUGACGUUGACAUUGUGUCGGUGCACUCGCUUCAUGGGCCAGGAGUCACAACCGAGGGACAGCCGCUGAUCAUUAUCCACCACCGCGGCCCAAUGGAGAAAGUGAAAAUGGUCGAGGACGUCUUCCGUUCCUUCAAGAGUCGCUAUGUCUACCUCACGUACGAGGAGCACGACGAGGUGACGGCCAACACUCAGGCCGUGACGCACGCCGCGUUCCUGAGCAUGGGAAUGGCAUGGAGAUCCGAGGGCGCGUACCCGUGGGAGAAGGCGCGGUGGGUGAGCGGUAUCGAGGUGAUCAAGGUCAACAUCACGCUGCGGAUCUAUGCGGCCAAGUGGCACGUGUACGCUGGCCUGGCGAUCCUGAAUCCAGCCGCACAGCGGCAGAUAGAGCAGUACGCGCGCAGCGCAAGUGAGCUCUUCAAGCUCAUGCUUGGCGGCCACCGCGAGGAGCUUGAGAAACGCGUUUGGGCGGCCCGCGAGGCUGUUUUCGGCUGGUCGCGCGAGACGGACGCCGAGCUGGACGAGGCAGGCGGCCGCCAACCCAUCCUCCUCUCCGAAGACGUGCUCGACCAGUUCUCACUCGGCGUCCAAGACAAGAACGCCGUUGAGGAGCCUAAUUCGCACCUCUCGCUGCUCGCCAUGGUAGACUGCUGGGCCGCCCUCGGCAUUCGGCCGUUUGAGCACCUCGAGGUCGCCGGCACACCCGUGUUCAUGCUCUGGAUCGGCGUUGCCGAGCACCUGUUCCGCAGCCGCGACCGGCUCAACAAGGCCAUCGACGCUGGUAUCACAGACCGCGUGUUCCGGUCCGACGACCUCGAGUUCACCGUCGCCGCGCGAGGGUGGAACGAGUGUGUCAACUUUGGCAACUUUGACCUGUACGAGAGGCGCUUCAAGGAGGCAGCGGACUUCUUUGCACCACGUUUCGAGGAGGCGGGCAAGGUCGGUGCACGAAUGAUCAAGGUCAUCCAGGACUCGCAGCGGGCGCACAAAUGA